AUAUAUUUUCUGGUAAGUGGCAAACGUUAAAGCGCGGGAGAAAUUGACAGAAGGAAGAGCGAGCAUUGUGUGAACGUGAGGCAGUGAGCCAGAGAUCGCAGUCUCGCUACAACCCUGGUCAGGAGUGGGUGUGCAUUGGCUUCACACAGCAGCUGCCAACGCAACUUUUAUUAAACAUUACUAUAUGUAUCGGUCUUGAAGAAGUAAUCUCGGAGAAUUCGAAUAUCUUCGUCACAACACGACUCCUCACCAGAUUGUAUCGAGAUAUCUGACUCGAGUGUCUCGUGUCAUACCUGCUGCUAGUUUCGCCCCUGGACGACCUGAUCACUUGUCACAAUUGCUCAACCAUAAUAAACUCAGUAGCAUCUGAACCAGCAAGUGAAACUCAAGGUUGCACCUCUUCCUCAACGACAGCGACCAAGCUAUCGAUCACCUGAGGUAGACAGUUUCUGGCCAUCGCCUGAGAAGGAUAUCAUCAGCAACUUCUGCAGUGUGGCUUGUCCAUCACCCCUGAGUCCUCAUGAUGUGUGCAUUCAUGACACCAGUGCUCAAGAAUGACUGGGAGAUCUACAACACGAAACGUUCCCGUAAUAAUUCUGAAAGCUCAUCGUUAUCUGCCCCAGCCAGCCAUCGAUCACGGCCUGCCCAUGUCAGGAAAAGAGGCAUAGGUGAAACUGGGCGUAGCUUCUCGUACCAUGCCCCUUCUCAAGGCCGCAAUGAUAUGAUGUACCUUGGCUCGCCACCUAGGGCUUACCAUUUGUCGACUAAGAAUUCCAGAUAUGCUUCAAGAACUUCAAUGGACCCAAAUUCCCCUGGGACCACUAGCCCACCAAAGAGCCCAUUGGCCACCACAACGACUAGUGGCCCAAACAAGAGCCCAUCUUCUGGAUCUCUCUCAAAAUUCCACAACAAGGUGAUGGAUAAGCUGAAAAAUGUUCUACACCUGAAGGAUGACAGCAACCGUGAGGAAGAGCAGGAAGGCUCCAGAGGCCAGUCAUGAGCAGGGAGGAAAUUGCUGCAAUAGGAUACCCAAACUGUAAACAAAAAUGUCACGGGUAAAGCAGACUAGUAGCAUGGAAGGGACCCAAGGAAUUUUGCCUGACGAAGAAGGUGAUAGGUCAUUGAGGCUGAGAAAGACAGAUGAAGGAAAAAUAUGGAACUGUUAGUAAGCAAAUCUGAAGGCACAGUAAGACAGGAUCACAAUGUAGUAAGGGAACAAGAGUGUAUAAGCAUUAGGCUUUUGACUGUAAGGCCUUAAUUUAGCACAGUAUAUAAAAGAGUGCACACAAGUACUUAGAGUACAUACACAAUUUAUGAUUCACUUAAAAGCAGUUAGAUUCAGGAAAUGACCCAAUGAAAAUGUUAAAUACAUAAAUUGAAUACUGUAAAUUUAUGAAUUGUUUAAGGAAGUUAUUUGAACUCCAAAUAGUUAACUAUUAUUUACUUUUAAUGUAAUAUGUAGUACCAUUUAUCCAUGUAAAUCACCCUUAAGAAAAUAUUAAACAAAAUUGUAACGAAUGUCAUACAAUUAAAAUGCAAAUCAGUAUUUUGGGAGAGCUUCAACCAGUAUUGGUCACUUAAGCUCACAUCCUCUGCUUUUCAAGUAUUAUAUUAAGAAAUAUUUUGGUGUGCAUUUGACAAAUUUUUGUUGCUAUUUUGUAUACAGAUAAUAUACACAGUACCACUGUUAUAUUUUAAUUCAUAGGAAAACUCAUUUCACUGAUAUGCUUUAAGAUCAACUGUGUUGCAAAUGUUUCGCAUCCAGCAUAAGCAGUCCUAGGAGAUAGAAAAUUUAGGCUUAUAAAUUUGUGCUUGGUGAUAAACUGCAUCGUCUAAUUCUGUAAAGAAAAAUGCUUAUAUAGUGAAAUACAGUACUUUAUUAUAGUUAAAUAUAUUUUUAAUAUUUUAUAAAGUAGUUAUUAAGUUUUUUUGGUAUAUUAGCACCCAAAGUAGUAUUAUUGUGAUGUACAUAAUGAAGUAUUUUUUGUGAAUGAUUAUCAGUUGGCAGGUGUGGUGUAUUGGUCAGUCGUUUGUCCGUUGAAAGAGAUGUGUACACUAUAUUUCCAAAUGACUAAAAUUAGGCAAUAUAAUUAAAAAGUGUAAAUGGUCAUUGGUUUAAUGUUUCACAUUUAAUUUUAAAUACUACUAAUCUGAAAAAUUGCCUAAUUUUAGGUAUAUAAUACACUUCUAAAAAAAGAUACAUAGAUUUAAAUUUUAUUAAAUGAAGAUGCUUGUAUGCCCUCAUGCCACAGUGGCAGCAUUUAUAUGUUGUACAAGGAUGUAUUUGUGUACUAUGCAAUGGUCAGUUGAGAUUUGUGCAGCAGGAUAUUGUACUGAAGGUUUAGAAAAUUCCGCUUUUCCUCCCACUCUUACUGACAUCUAAUGAAACAUGGUUUAAUUACUUAGUAAGUACAUUACAUCAAAUGGAACACCAUCAACAUAAGCUUGACUGCUGUGAUUUCAGUUAUGUAAUUAUUCACACGAGUAAUUGCACAAACACAACACCCCCCCUACACACACACACACACACACGCAUACACAGUGAAGAGGCAGUGCCAGGAGCUAUGACUCAACCCCUGCAACCACAAUUAGAUGAGUAUACACACACGUACUAGGAAAUACUUUUUCCGUGUGAGAGUUGUAGAGAAGGCGAGUGAGGCAGUAGACGUAGACUUCAUGCAAGUCUUCAGGCAGAAAUAUGACACAGUAAGUUGAUUCACAUUGAUCAAAUGAAAGCUAAGAAAUGGGUUCAAGAGCUAGAGCUCAUCCACUUACUCAUACGUAUUUACAUAAAUGUAAACCGUGGCUCAUAGUGUAAUAAAAUUAGUAGCAUUUGCUCAUUGAAUACAUUUAUUUAAACUUCUAUUAUACUGUAGUUAGCACUAAAAAAUCACAUUAAUAUUGUUUCACAAUUAUGCACUGUACAUAAUUUAUUUUUUAGUAAAUUUCUAUAAAAUAGAUUUUGCUGCAGUUGCUGAUUUUCUUUUGCGAGUUUUCUUAAAAGCAUUAGUAACCUGAUAAAUGCUGCUUUUGUGUUUUAGUUGCAAAUGUGCAUUUUAGUAAGCUGAACCUGGUAUUAGAUGGCAAAUCUAGAGGCCAGUUGGGUUUUGUUCUUAGUCUUGUAUUUCAAGCUAGUACAUUGAUGCCAAAUAUUUCAGUAGAUGUAGAUUUUCUAAUAUCAGUUUAAUUUAUUGAUUAUAAACAGUCUUAAAAACAAACAUUCAGAUGUCAGGGAUUUUUAUCAUGCAUCAAUAGGGUGUAACUAAUUAUAGUACAAUACUGCAAUAUUUCUUUUAUUAGAAGAAAUCUCCAAAGAGAAAAUUUAAUUUUGAGUUUGGAAUGAUUUUUAAAAUUUUAAAUUGCCAAUGUUAAAAAAAUUUUGUUUUCUUUAGGAAAAUAUCUCUGAAUUUUUUAAUAAUAUGUUUGGAAUUUUGAUGGCAGAAUUUUCUCAUAUUCAGAAAUUUUGAAUAAAAGAGGAAAUUUCUAAUUACAGUUAGGAAAUUCUCCAUAAAUCAGAAUGUGUUUACUGAUUAAAAGAAAUUUCUGAUUUACAAGUAUUCAGAA